UGCACUGCAGGAGGGUCGUUACAGUUGCAGCCUGACAGCUCUGCUACAUCCAUCCUGUCAGUCCCUCCCCGGGGGUGGAGAGCCCCCUAUGGGCAGGGGAAGGCUCGGAGGAAAGUUUCCUGUGCUGGUUCCAGGGCGGAGAGAUGACAAUGAGAUGAGGUGACAAGGACAGAGCGAAGCCAUGAGGGGGGAUCCCUGCUGACUGCACCGGGGGGCUUCACCUCAGACCCCCCAAACCUGCGGCUACCGGGAGAGCAGGGACACGGCCGCCUCCAGAUGACAGACCGGCGCCAUAGUUCGCAGCACUGAGAUGCUCCUCCCUCCAUCUCUAUGGAUAUAGCAAAAGAAAUCUACCACCUGAACUACUACAGCCGUCGGGACGAGGUGUCGCCCAUCCGCGCCUUGCAGGGGCCCGGCCGGAGGAACGUGCAGGUCUUCAUGCGUCGCCGCCCCCAGGACUGCCUGAGCCUGCUGGAGAUCGCCCUGGUGCUGAAUACUAUGGGGUGCAUCCAAAGCCUAAGCUGCAAACCCAAAGUCUUCCGGGAGUCCAUCGCCGUGCUGGACGUCAAGGCCUCCAUAGACUCCGCCCCCACCAGCAUCGACGAGUCCUCCGCCGUCGUCCUCCGAUACCGGACCCCGCACUUCAGAGCCAGCGCACAAGUGCUAGUGCCCCCCAUCCCCGGCAAAGACUCGUGGAGGGUGGGCUGGAUCCAGGCCUGUAACCACAUGGAGUUCUACAAUCACUAUGGAGACCUGGGAAUAUCUAGUUGGGAACUUCCGGACCUUUUGAAUGGUAAGAUCCCGGCUAUCAGUGACUCAGACGGCGUCAACUAUCCCUGGUACGGCAAUACCACCGAGACCUGCACUGUGACCGGCCCCACCAAACGGGACACCAAGUUUACCGUCAGUAUGAAUGAUAACUUCUACCCCAGCGUGACGUGGGCAGUGCCUGUUAGCGAUUCCAUUGUGCCUAUGUUGACUGGCAUCCAAAGGGACCAAAGUUUUACCACAUGGUUGGUGGCCAUCAACAUGGCCAACGGUGACCUGGUUAUUCUGCACACCAUCAAGUGGAGGAUGAAACUAGAGAUUGAGGUCAAGCCGCACUUACCGCUGGGACAGAGAGCCAAACUACAGGAACCUUUUGCACAGGAACAGCCGAAAGUCCUCAACAAAAAUGAGCCCAUACCUCCGAGCGCGCUGGUAAAGCCAAAUGCCAAUGACGCACAGGUGCUGAUGUGGAGGCCCAAGAACAAACCAGCCGUGGUGGUCAUUCCCCCGAAACGCCAGUGAACCCCUCAUACCAGGCAGUAACUGCUAAUAAAGACAUAAGAACCUAAACAACCAAAAACAUUACCCGAGGUCUGGCUGCUCAGAUCUUUGGAUGUCACUGUGUUAUUUUAUGGUAUGGGACGCGAUGACAUCAUCACAAAAACAAAGUAGACAUUGAAAGUGUUUUUCAAGGGUGAUUUCUGUAGACCCUCAACCAGCUUUUACCGCCCUGGUCUGCCCGCUGCACUGCUAUCUCAUGUCAGGUUGGACACACAGUCCUCUAGUUUCCACGACGCAUGAAGGUCGUUCUUCCGAGAAGUCGUUUUUUUUCAUUCUUGUGUUAUUUAUUAAUUUUUCUUGACUUUUAAUCUCCACAAAUGUUCCUCUCAUUGUCCAAAAGUUGCCAAAAUAUCCUCUUUACCCCUUUUACCCCCUAAGAGGCAUUAUGUUUGUCUCUUGCCUUGGAUAAAGAUGGUGGACUUUGGAGUAGACCUUGGUGAAGCUGAGAUGGGGGAGAAAACUUUGUGAACCUCAGGUAUUGGAGUAAUAGAAGAAGGUAGAUGUCAUGGUAAUACGCCGGAUUAGAGCUGAGGCAUGAGGUGGGCUUUAGUGAGGCCGAGGUAGGGGGUGGGCUUUAGUGAGGCCGUGGUAUGAGGUGGGCUUUAGUGAGGCCGUGGUAGGAGGUGGGCUUUAGUGAGGCCGUGGUAGGAGGUGGGCUUUAGUGAGGCCGUGGUAGGAGGUGGGCUUUAGUGAGGCCGUGGUAGGAGGUGGGCUUUAGUGAGGCCGUGGUAGGAGGUGGGCUUUAGUGAGGCCGUGGUAGGAGGUGGGCUUUAGUGAGGCCGAGGUAGGAGGUGGGCUUUAGUGAGGCCGAGGUAUGAGGUGGGCUUUAGUGAGGCCGUGGUAGGAGGUGGGCUUUAGUGAGGCCGUGGUAUGAGGUAUACUGUGCGGCGCCAUCUCUGAAAUGCUGUUGAUAGGCGAAUCUCAGGGGUAAUCUAGCUGUAGAUAGUCGGGGGAUGGGCGGCCAUUGCAGGACAUUGCCUCCAUGUCCCUUAUCCAAUGCAGCUGCUUAUUAAUUUUUCUUAAAAAUGAGAAUUAUGGUACAAAUAAAACUUCUUA